UACUUUCCAGGCGAGAAGCAGUUUCUCGAACAAGCCUAUUAUGAGAUACUAAGUCAUAAUUAUGAGAUGCUAAGUUAUUAUUUCGAGAAAGUUUCACCUUAUAAGGACUUUUUGAUCAGGAUUUGUUGUAACUGUCCUUGGUGGGCCCAUGAGGAGCUUUCACCUUUAACUACGACUCAACCAAACUACGCCUUCUCGUCAACCUCUUUUCUGAUUGGUCAAAUGUGAACCAUGUUCUUCUUACUGACUCCUGAUAGGCUCAACCCGCACGCGGCCGUUAUCACUUUGCGUGUCCAGUCAGCAAGGAGGUCUCACCAGUGGGUCACACGGGAAAAUGGCGGGUUGGUGUGUGCGAGCAGUGAGACAGAGCUACUCACUUGUAGCUUCACCUGCGCUAACCAGAGCAUCUCCACGAUUGCUCUGCACAGCCACCCAGCAGAAGAAUGGCCACGGGUCAGAGGAGGCUGAGAAGUCGGACCAGAGUGCAGCAGAGGCACUCCUAAUGGAGGAGAAGACCAAGCUGGAGGACCAGCUGAAGGACAUGACAGAAAAGUACAAGCGGGCGUUAGCGGACACAGAGAACCUCAGGACAAGGACACAGAAGAUGAUAGAAGAUGCUAAAUUAUAUGGGAUCCAGGGCUUCUGUAAGGACCUGCUGGAGGUGGCUGACAUCUUGGAAAAGGCCACAGACAGUGUGCCCAAGGAGGAGGUGACGACCCAGAACCCUCACCUGAAGAACCUGUACGACGGGCUGGUGAUGACAGAGGUCCAGAUCCAGAAGGUCUUCACCAAGCAUGGCCUGGUCAAACUCAACCCUGAUGGCCAGAAGUUUGACCCCUACGAGCAUGAGGCGCUCUUUCACGCCCCCGUGGAGGGCAAGGACCCUGGCACUGUAGCCAUUGUAACCAAAGUGGGCUACAAGCUUCACGGCCGCACCCUUAGGCCAGCAUUGGUGGGUGUGGCCAAAGCCCCCUAGAAAGGGGGAUGUGGGAUUUGCUUUGUUGCCCGAGUGUCUGAUGACCUCAGGUACAACAGACUGGUUGAGGGUCCAAGAGACGGGAACCCAACUGAGCUGGACUUUGUAUCUGGACCGCCAUCUUUUAGCAGGAACAUUUACUAAUGCACUUUGUCUGGCACAGGAUAGUCAUUCAGUUUGUCAGCCUCACCAGAUCACAGAUGGAGGCUUUACGUCUCCUACAAACAUCCAGCCUAACUCUAAUUGUAAGGCAGUAGUACUGAUUCUGUAAACUGUAAAUAUCAUUCCAGACUUUAGUUUAAAUCCCUAAUAAUCCUGAACCUGACAAUGUCCUUGUUUGUGAGUUUUAAAUGAAUUCUGUCAAUAAAGCGAGGCGCAGGAGGCUACUUGAGGAUCUGAA